AUGGCAUCGGCUGACAUCUCGGAGAUCGGACCGGGCUUAUUCCUGGGAUCAGCGAAGGCAGCCACAAGCCGGAAAGCUCUGGAUUCCCGGAAGAUCCGGCAUGUCCUGGUGGUCGACACCACCUCCUCCAUUCUGUGGCCUCAAGACUUCACCUACAAGAGGGUGAAGCUUGAUGACAAGCCGACCGCGGACCUUGUCCAGGUGCUCCACCCGUCCAUCAGCUUCAUUUCUGAAGCGCAGUUGCGUCGUGAGUCGGCGCUCGUCCAUUGCACGCGAGGAGUGUCGCGCAGUGCGAGUGUGGUAAUCGCAUACAUCAUGGUGGCCAAAGGCCUGUCCUACAGAGCUGCCAGGGCUCAAGUGGAGGCAAAGCGUGCUGCCAUCAAUCCCAACUUGGGCUUCGAAGUGCAGCUUCUCCACUUUGAGUCGCUCUUGGCUUCAGCACCAAGAGGACACCUGGGUGAGAAGCUGAAAUGGCUUCGAGGGCUACGUUCAGGCCUGGACGUCCCGAAGGCAAUGAAUGAGCCAGUAAAGGCGCGCCUUGCUGAGGCCAGACACCUCACUGAGGUGACAGCCGGCGGCGCGGCUGGUGUCAAAGAGGCAGAGACAUGGAAGGAGCUGGGCAGCUUCUUUCACGACCUUUCCUGGUAUGGCGUGAUGCCGGAGGACCCUCAACUUCUGGAGGAGGCCAAGGCCCUCGCUGUUUCUGGUGGCGCAGCAGCGCGCAAAGCGCUGGGGGCCUGGGCCAAAGUGGAGGACAACGGCGAGGCCUAUGCGCCACCCCUCGCCGCGACUCUGCACUCCGGCGGAGCUUCUGGUGCUACAGAUCUAGUCCUGCUGGAUCAAAGCGACGAUGAGCCUGGUAGUGCCAAGAAGCAGAGAACUUGCCGCUGA